UUGAUAUGACAAAUUCUGAUAUAUCAUUUUUCAGCUUCCACUGACGGCAACCCUGAGCGAAUCCCUGUGUAUGACACAAUAAUUAAAUUUAACAUCUGACUUCCAUUGUACUGAAAUGUUCAACUGUACACUUCAAUACAUUUCUCAUGUCGUUUUAUAAUUUGACCUCAGAAAUUUAAGUGUACACGCUCAUGAUUUCAAUCACAGCUAUAUUAGGUGAAAUUUGUGUUUUGAAAAUGGAUUAAACGUUUCAAUGAAUCGAAACACGCUAUGGUGCCCAUUGUGUGUAAUUAACAUACGUGGCAUUGGAUAUGAAUAACCAUGGUUGCCAUGCUAUACAUUUAUACAAGAUAAUCAAGUAAAAGUAGCAACUGAAUACUCGAGAAACAACGCAGAAUGGAAAGGACAAACAAUAAAUUGCAACAUAAACCAAAUUCGACAGUAAUUUAUUUUACUUGUACAUUGAUGCUAUUUUUAUUGCCAUCGUGCAUGGUGAUUUAUAUUGCGAUGUCGGCACACCAAAGCCAGUGCAACAACCUUGUGACUGUUUCCAUGACAACCACAAAUAAAAUACAAGAGUUACAAGAAAGUUAUGCAAGUCUUCAAGCUGAAUAUAAACGCCUUACGUUAGAAUUUAGUUCGAAUAUUCUUGAUAUCAAUUCAGAAGUUGGUAAGCUAGAGAAAGACAUUAUCAGAAAUGAAACAAAAACAACGCCCAGACGCUGGAUUGAUAACUGGGACAAGUUGGCAAACCAUCGUCCAUCUGUUAAACGUGUACUGUAUUUAGUGAGGCAUGGAGAUUACAACGUUAACUCGGAUCAUAUGCUUACUUCAUUAGGUCAUACACAAGCGAAUAUUACAGGACAGUGGCUAAAACGGCGGGAGCGAAAAUAUGCUAUUCAAUUUAAGCGACUCAUUUCGUCUACUUACCACAGAUGCGUGCAAACAUCUGAGCACAUCCUAAAAUAUUUUCCUACCCUUUCUAACCUGACCGAUCAAAUGUUGAUUGAGGGAUGGGCUAUUCCUCCUCGAACAAAUCUAGAUACAUUUCCUAAGUGGGAGGAGUAUCCAUAUAAAGCUGACAAAAAGAGAUUGGAUUUAGCGUUCCAGAAAUACUUCCAUCGGGCAGAACAAAAUGAGUUAUCUGAUGUCCACGAAAUAAUUGUCGCACAUUCGAACAUGUUGCGAUACCUUAUUAUGCGAGCGUUGCAAUUUCCUGUAGAUAUUUGGUCACGUGUUUCAAUCAUACAUGCGGCAAUUUCAGUGUUAACAAUAACUCCUGAUGGUUACGUUUUACUGGAAUCAUUAGGAGACAAUACGCACAUACCGAUUCACCUGCAAUCAUCUUAAACGGACAUAAGAACAGAAACGGCAUGCUUCUGAAAAGUGUUGUACUAUACAUGUCAAAUGUUAUUGGGUUUCAAUCAAAUAUGGAUCUUGACCCAAAACUAUACUUUGGAGUAUUUAAGCGUUUUUUAACUCACAGAAACCAUUAGGAUCAGGGACCCAUAUUCAUCAUUCUCAACUUUGGUCACGUGACAUCCCCCAGGGGACAUCCUUAAACCAUAGCCUACAUAAGCACUAGAUCAAGAUGUACGUCGUUGGCAACGAAGAAACAGGUUAUUGCAAGCAGUCCACACUUUGUAUUGAAUGCGAUCUGUUCAGUGAUCGUGUUUAAGAUCUCAUAUACUUCACACCGGAACACCCUGACAACAGUCAAAUCAGAUACCGGUGUCACAAAUGGCGGCCACAAGUUCGUAUUCGAUUCAAUUUUCAUAAUUCGCAUGUUUAAUAGAGCACCUAGAUUAAAUUUCUUUGGUAGAACAGCGAUAAGGCCCUAUGAAAUAAGAACCAACUGACUGAGUUGAAGACAAUUUACGUCCGCCAUUUGUGACAACGGUA